GACCAAUAAGUAGAAAAGGACACGAUUUCCAGGAGAUAUUAUUCCAUCACAGCUGUAUCCUUUGGCUGUCUGGGCAUGCUGGGAGUUGUAGUUUUACAAGGAGACAUCAUAAGAAUCCACUUCUCUUUAUUGAAUAGAAGGAAAUUCCAGACCCUGAAAGUAUAAAAUAAAUUGAAGCCCCCAACGUCCCCACAACAAUCCCCCCUCCUGGUGAAUGAUCCUCAGGGAUUGUCACAUUACAGAGAAGAGAAUUCCUGCACCUCCUCCGGGCCCAGAACCAUUCUCCACGAUUCUCCACACUCUCCAGGAAGAAGAGAAAGAAAGAGAUGGAAAGAAAGAGCGCCAACAGCAGCUGGAGCCAUGGAGCAGAAAAUGACUUUAUUAUUAGUCAGGACAUGAAGCCUGCGGAUCAGGAUGGAGCGUGAAACCGGCCAAGAAAAGACUGAAUGACCAAAUCCCCUGCACUGUGCGGGGGUCACCUGCUGGGGAUCAUGGCCUGGGGGGCCACAAUGAUCAGAGGACCCUCCAUUGUACUGAAGUCUCUUCCUUCAAUCAUUGAGCUGUGAAUCCUUCAUGGAUGAUUGGACAUUGGAGGAGUCUUUUGUCUUUUGAUGACCGGAGGCCACAGGUCAAGUGUCCUGUUCAGAUGGAAAUGAAGGGACGGUAUAAAUGGGGAUUCCUUCACUUGUAGCUUCACACACAGCAACUCUAUCCCAGAGAACAGUCCACAUCUCCGGAUACAUCUCCGGAUACAUCUCCAGAUACAUCUCCGGAUACAUCUCCAGAUACAUCUCCGGAUACAUCUCCAGAUACAUCUCCAGAUACAUCUCCAGGAUGGUGACCCAACCUGAGCCCAGAGGGUCCAGCAGCUUUAGGAAGGUCUCUAAGCCCCUGAUGGAGAAGAAGAGAAGAGCUCGGAUCAAUGUGUCCCUGGAGCAGCUGAAGACUCUGCUGGAGAAGAAUUACUCCCAGAAUAUCCGAAAACGCAAGUUAGAAAAAGCUGAUAUUUUAGAACUUACUGUGAAAUACCUGAAAACUCUGCAGAACUCUGUGCAAGCAUCUGGAGUCUUCAGAAGUUCUGACUAUCAGGCAGGAUUCAGGAAUUGUCUGCACAGUGUGAACCAGUUCUUGCUGAAGUCUGAGGAUUGUUCUUCCCCCAUAGGACACCUGACUCUGGUCCAGGAUCAGUCCCUGGUGUUGCCUCCAUCCUGUUUCAGCACCAAAGACAACAGCCCCAUCCCCACCCCCAUCCCCAUACCCAUCCCCACCCCCAUCAUCCAGAAGUCUCCUGCAAACAUCACCCAGUCCAGUCCAUGGGGCCACAAACCCAACAAGGUCCAGUCCCCAUGUCAGGACCCCUCAUCCCCUCCGUGCAGCCCUGAGCCCCCUGCACUCUCCAUAACCCACAGUCCUGUGAAUCCCAGCAGAUGCCCCCUGCAGAAUAUGUGGAGACCCUGGUGACCCCCAAACCCAUAGACCAUCUGGUCUGGAGGGAACGUGCCUGUUCUUUAUAAGAAUAUCUGUAAUCUGGUGUAUACCGGCCACUGUAUAUUGUAUAUAUAGAUUAUAUGAAUAGAUUUAUUUUUAUACCAAUGAUUGUGAAAUCAAAUAAA